UCAAUUUUUAAAAAAUUUAAUUGUUUUCUUGUAAACACUGUGUUAAGUGGCCACCAGUGAUGGCUGGGAAGCUGAAUAAAUUCGAAACGCCCAGCUCCGCGAGCUCUGAUAGGUAAACCGAGUGUGGUAACCAUAUCAUAAUGUUUGUUUGAACAGCUGGCUCGCGUGUCAAUAAAAAUUACGCUGCAAGGGAGUCAUUUUUCAGUGUUGGCUUGCUCAUCCCGCGUGUGGAAGGUGUGUUUAGUGGCGUGUUUCGGUGUUGAGCGAAAAUCCGCGAGAAGUGGUGCAACGCGGCUGCAACGCUCUCGUUAUAACCUCUUCAUGCACGCAGUGUGAUUUAUUUUUAGACUAUUAUUUAGUACAUUGGCAGCUCGCUUACCGCUGAAUGGUGGUCGCGGUGUGAAACGGACACGUGCUCUGGACGUAUCGUGUUAUUGUAAAACACCGCGUCACAUGAAAAGGGCCAAAAUUCUGCAAGUUAUGGAGCCCGGGUCCUUGAUCUUCGCCAACCCCGACACGGAGUUGGCGUUGGAACUGAGUGAGCAGGUGUUCCUGGACGAUGACGACUAUACCCGCGCACCCGCCUCCCCCACCACCGUGCCCAACGUGCGCCCCUACCGCCCACCUUCCACAGCGUCAAACAUCCUGAAGUCGCCGCGAGCCCGGCGCGUGCGCACCACAUCGAUGUCGCAGCCGAACAAACGCACCACAGCUGAGAGUAUACUCCACGCGGAUCGCCGCACCAUAUACACCGCGGGCAGACCACCCUGGUACAACUGUACUGGGGGACAGGAGGUCGAGCCGUUCUUGAUUGGUAUAUGCGGCGCCAGCGCAUCGGGCAAGACCACAGUAGCGGCUAAGAUUAUAGAAUCUCUCAACAUACCAUGGGUCACCAUAGUCAGUAUGGACUCCUUCUACAAGGUGCUGAAUGAGAAGCAGCAUCAGGCAGCGAUGCGCAACGAGUACAACUUCGACCACCCGGAUGCGUUCGACAUGGAGCUGCUGAUAUCAGUACUACAGCGUCUCAAGGAGGGCAAGAAGGUCGAGGUGCCCAUUUACAACUACGUCACUCAUUCCAGGGAGAACCGCACCAAAACGAUGUACGGAGCGAACGUGAUAAUCUUUGAGGGUAUCCUGGCGUUCUACAAUGCUGAGGUGGUCAAGAUGCUGGAUAUGAAGGUGUUUGUCGACACUGACGCGGAUAUCAGACUUGCUAGGAGACUUAGAAGAGACAUAAUACAACGCGGGCGCGAGCUAGAAGGCGUGUUAAAGCAAUACAUGACGUACGUAAAGCCCGCGUACCACAGCUACAUUGCGCCGUGCAUGGCGCACGCAGACAUCAUCGUGCCGCGAGGGGGGGAGAACAAGGUCGCCAUACACCUCAUCGUGCAGCACGUGCACAAGCAACUGCAGCUGCGUGGCUUCAAAGUUCGAGAAAAGCUGGCAGUGGCUCACAUCGGUCAGCCAGUACCCGAUUCACUAUACGUACUCAAAGAUACACCACAGGUGCAAGGUCUCCACACGUUCAUCCGCAACAAGGACACUCCUCGCGACGAGUUCAUCUUCUACUCCAAGCGGUUGAUGCGGCUAGUCAUAGAGUUCGCACUAUCACUGUUACCCUACUCCGAGCACUGCGUCGACACUCCGCAGGGAUUCACUUAUAAAGGUCGUAAGUGCGACGUAGAGAAAAUUUGCGGAGUCUCAAUUCUUCGCGCCGGCGAGACCAUGGAGCAAGCGGUGUGCGACGUCUGCAAGGACAUCCGCAUCGGCAAGAUACUUAUACAGACCAACCAACAGACUGACGAACCAGAGUUAUACUACCUCCGGCUCCCGAAGGACAUCAAGGACUACCGCGUGAUCCUGAUGGACGCGACGGUGGCGACGGGCGCGGCGGCCAUCAUGGCCAUCCGGGUGCUGCUCGACCACGACGUGCCGGAGCACAACAUCAGCCUCGUGUCGCUGCUGAUGGCUGAGAUCGGGGUCCACUCUAUUGCGUAUGCCUUCCCUCAGGUGAAAAUAGUAACAUCAGCUUUAGACCCUGAAAUUAAUGAGAAGUUCCACGUGAUGCCAGGCAUCGGGAACUUCGGAGACCGGUACUUCGGCACCGAGCCUGAUGAGUGAGACAGACAUACCGCAGGUCAGUGUGACAGAAAGAGACGGAUAGAAUGAUGUUAGUAUAGUCGUGAAAGGCACGUUCUAGUACUGAGGCUCUUUUAGGUUUUAUGUAUCUGUGAAUUUGGCUCAAUUUUCGUUGGAUUUGUUUCUUUUUGGAAAUUAAAAUUUACAUUAUGUGUAAAUUGGAAUUAUUUUGACGAUCAAAUCCAGAUAUGGAUAGAAGAAUUGCUAUAUUUAUUUUUAUACGUAUUAUUACGUAUUCUUUAUAUACUUAAAUAAAAUCGAAAAUGAUCCGCUUUUUUCGAUGUUUUGUGUACCAACAACUAUAAAAUGUUAGAUUUCGACAUCUACCUAAGUCUUACUGGAACGCGCCUUAAAAUGUAAAACUGAGUUUUUGAAAUUAAUUAUGUAUCUCUCCGAGGUAUUAUCGUAUUCCAUUGUGAAAUAUGUGUACUUUAGGGUUGAAUCUCACUUAUUAUAACAAAUUAUUUUCUUAUACUGUGUACUUCGAUCGUAUAUAUUGGUAGAUGCAUUGUUGUAUACAAAAAAAUCAAACAAAAUAUCGUCCCCGCGUCAAUUCUGAAGCCACUUAAAGUAUUCCGGAAAAGUCCUAAAAUGCCGUACGGUUUUAUCUGAUGGGGCAUAGGCCAUAGGGCGGCUCAAUAAUAACCCUGACGCCAGGGUUGAAGGGGUUGGAAAUCCACCUCACAACCCACACGAUAGAAGAUUUAAUGAGGAUGAUUUUUUUUUUGUGUGUAAUCGAUGUACAGUGACAUGAAAUACGAAAUUUUCCACCUGAACCUCCAAUCGUUCCUUAUUUGACUAAAUGGUGAGUGAAAUUCAACCCGUAUUAAAAUUAGUCAUAGAGCCCAUAGUUUUUAAAACAUAAUAUACAUUAGUGGCGCCACAAUUUUAUAACUCGUUUCUGGCGGAAAUCCAAGACGAAUGGAUUAUCGACCUUUUUAUUUUUACUUAUUAAUAUGUGUUACAGAACA